ACUUAUUUUUGUCCAACUAUUUUUUCUGUACUACAGGGAAGAAGAAAAAUAUUACAGCAGAAAAAUGAAGUCUUUUUUAGGACUUCACCCUAAUGCUCUUGCCUACUCGAUGACCACGUUAGGCGCUGGAAUGAUGAACAGUAUCUUCAAUUUCUAUUAUGUGAAACUCUUUUUAAACAAGUACAAGAUCUCAGAAUCAGCAUUCCAUCAAGGGCAGGUUGUUUUCAUGAUCUGGAAUGCCGUCAACGACCCUCUUUUCGGGUACCUUCAGGACAACUCCCAGGUGCCCUGUUGCUCCCGCCGUCAGUUUUCGAUUCUGUACGGGGCCCCCUUGUACGCCCUGGCUUUCCUCCUCCCGUGGUUUCCUUGGAAGCAAUACGAGGAAGAAGACUGGCUCUGCGGGCUGCAUCUCAUUGUGGCCCUGUGCGCCUUUGAUGGCCUGCUGACGUUCGUCUUGCUGGCGCAGUGCGCCCUCUUCGCCGAAAUCUCCACCCGGCACGAGAGUCGCCUCCAGCUGAUCAAGUACAACCAGGUAGCCAGCUUGGUUGGCUCCACCAGCAUCCUGUUCUGUGGUUUGAUCUCGGCCAACAUGGAGCGCUUCGCCUACUUCCAGGCCUUCACGGUGCUGGUAGCGGUCAUCGCAACGGCUUGCAUGUCCUACACCGGCUUCUACAGCACGACUCAGUACGAGCAAAGGGAAUCCUUGAUGGAAGAGUCUGAUCCAGAAAGCACCAAGGCCCCCUCCCUCUCUUGGUCUUUGGUGUUCUCGUUGACCCGCCAGAUCUUGACUCAGAAAAACUUCCUGCUUUUUGUCGUCAUGAACUUUUUCCAAGUCUUCCACUUAGCCUUCUGCAACAAUUUCAUGAUGAUCUUUGCAGAUAAUCUCAUCCCAAACGGAGUCCUUUCUUCCUCCGUCCGAAGCUUGAUGUACGGGGCAGGUUUCAUUUGUCCGCAGUGUCUUGUGCUCCUCAGUCACACUUUGUUAGUGAAAUUUGGUUAUUACAAGAUUGUCUUAUUUUCUUUCUACCUGGAAGGAACGGCUGCAAUUCUCAUGCUCGCUCUGGGUCGAGAAUAUUACUAUUUAUUGGCUAUUUAUCUCACUGUCAACAUGGUGAUGGUUCAAGCAUCCUUCAGUCUGUUUAAUCUACCAUUGGCUGAUAUUGUUGAUGCAGAUUUAAAGAAACAUAAAAGAAAAUCUCCGCUCUCAUCCAUGGUCUUUGGAACGAACGCUCUCUUCACAAAGCCAGCUCAGUCCUUAGCUCCGAUGCUUGUGGUUUCUGUACUAAAUCAAUUUGGCUUCGCGGAUCUGAAUAGUAAAGCCGUCGAUCCUGACUCCAGUCUGUACUUAGGUCUCCAUGAUGCCAUGUUCUACAUGAUCUGCCUGGUGCCACUUUGCAUUACGGCGAUACAGAUUCUGACCUGGACCCCUUUUUCCAUCCAGAAUACUCAUCUGACGCCGAUACUAUGAACUGUUAUCAAUGUGUGAGCAUUGCAAGAACGGUGUUCAAUUGACAGGUGUCAAUGGCCAGAAAGAACACAGGAUUUUCCUAUCUCUCUUGAAUGAGCCAAUCAAAUGCAGCCUGUGCCAUUUCGUGAUCCUCUGUACUUUAAAAUCUUAUCAUUCUUGAUUAUGAAGUAGGAAUCUUUUUCUAAGUUCCAUUGAUAUGCCAGAUAAAUGGAGACACAUUAAACCUUGCAAAGUAAACUGGAUGCAUACUCUUAAGUUUUUGACUCACCUUAACACGCAAGAGAUAAAUAAAAUGCCUCCCACCUAUUAAGACCCCACCAAAAAAGGGAGAUGAAAAAUAAACUCAGGACAUCUCAACACCAUUCCACCAUGAAUGGUUGCUUGAAGGUUGAAGCAGACAAGGAAAUAUGGAGGACUGCAUAACUAAGAAAACCAAGCUUGGCAACAUCAUAGAAGCUGUUGCUUUAUGUAGAGAACAUCUAUACGGGCAUAUUUAUGUUCCAAAGGGCAGUGGUGAUUUGGCAUGCCACUGUGUAGUUUGUCAGUGGUGGCCAAGGGGGAACUGUAGCAGCACAAUGGUGGACAAAUCGAAGUGAAGGGCAGAAAUUUUUGUAGGAACCUGAUGUAAAGGCUUGAUAGCAGAAGGAAAGCUGUUUUCUUGAACUUUUUCUCAAGCUGUCGAGCUUAAAAUUGAGUUUC